AUGGCUGCCACAGAAUUCCCUUGCACACUGACAAUCGACAUUCCGCUCCCAACACACCGCCUGGCCUCCUCUGCCCUUCGCGCUCUACAGGUCGAUGCUGAGCUCUCUCCACUGGUCCGCCGGCAAUUUUGCUUGACUCGUCCACCAGCCAGCCCUGAAGAUGGCUUGACGAACGGCCAUAAGCACUCGGACGACCAAGGCCUGAGCGACGAGCAGAACACUGUCCUCCGCACAGAGUACCGUGCCACGACUAACCGAAUGCUCCGCGUCUCUGUGAACGGCUUCAUGGAGAGUCUCGGCGUCGUGUUGCAGGUCAUGGAGGAGUUGGACGUCGAUGUUUUGGAGCCGCUGCUGCCGUCGGAAGUGCCAUCGUGA